CCUCGCAAUAACCAUCCGGAGGAGAGAGAGAGAGAAACGGAGUAACGGAGAGGAGAGAGAGACGAAAGACGACUGAGAGACGGUGGAAAGCAGAGAAGAAGGUUUUUAAACCUAACCUACGGAAGAGAGAGAGAGAGAGCGUAGGGUUGUUAUGGGAGUUUUCCAAAUCUGAAUGGAAACCUUAGUCCUCGCCGGAUUCACUUGGCUCCGUUUCAGCCGUUCUUCGAUCCGUAUCACCGGCGGCUGAGCUGCUUUUUCAGGUAGAUCAUUAACAUCACCGUAGAAGGAACUUGUUAUCUCUAGAGAAUGGUAGACUUUUUGAGACCUGUUUCCUCGUAGUUACUUAGGAAGAAACUCGUAGAGAGAGAGAGAGAGAGAGUGUGAUCUUGAUGGAAGGUGCGGCUGAUUGCACGGUGGGUUCGAUUGUGUGGGUGAGGAGGAGGAACGGCUCGUGGUGGCCAGGGAAGAUACUGGGACAGGAUGAUCUCGACUCUACUCAUAUCACCUCUCCACGAUCUGGAACUCCUGUGAAGCUUCUUGGAAGAGAGGAUGCGAGUGUGGAUUGGUACAACUUAGAGAAGUCCAAGCGGGUGAAGCCGUUCCGGUGCGGCGAUUUUGAUGACUGCAUUGAGAAGGUGGAGAAUUCGCAAGGGCUGACGAUAAGGAAGAGGGAGAAGUAUGCUCGUAGAGAAGACGCGAUUCUCCAUGCGCUUGAGCUUGAGAAGGAGAUUCUGAAGAAGGAAGUGAAAGUUGAGACUGGUAGGCCUAGGGCUAGGGCUAGGGCUAGGGGGGACUCUCCUGAUGCAGCAGCCAAGGAGAGAAUGGUUGUGUCUAGGGUUCAUGAUAUCUCUAAUGGUGGUCUAAGGCGUAACCAUGUUGGUGAUGUUAGGCAUUUGCAGAAAGAUAAAGAGGUAGAACAAACGAGAUUUGAGGAAGAGGCACAGCCUCGAAUGAGAGGGUUGCAGGACUUUGGGCUAAGAACCUUCUCUUCGAAGCGAAAGUUUUCAUCUUCCAAUGGUCCUGCUGAUACUUCCUUCCAGUCUCUGGCGAGAAGCAACUCUUCAGCUUCUUCUAGUGGAGAUCAUAGCAUGGAGAGGCCCAGUUUUACCCUCGGAAAGGAGAAGACUAGGAACUUGAUGGAGGCUAAAAGGACUAAAUACAUGUUUGCACCAAAUGAAUCUAAUGAUGUUUUAGAUCUGCAUGAGAGUUUGCUAAGCCACAGGGCGGCUAUGCAUUCCUCCUUUGCCGGUGACCAUUCUCGUUAUUCCCUUUCAGAAUAUGACCCUCCUGAGUUUUUGGAAGAUGUUGAAUCUGUUUCUUCUGAAUCCGAAACUGACUCUUCUGAUAUGGAGGAGGAUACUGAUGAUGACAUUCCCUUGCUGUCAGGAGCUGGGCGUCAUUCAGAGCAACACAAUCCUUUCAGUAGACAUAUGUCAGCAGAAGGUGAAAGCACCAGCAGUGAGGAAGACUGUUAUGAAUCAUCCAUGUCUGGCGACUCUUCUCACCUUUAUUCCCAAGAUCCAGAUAAUGAAGCUGGUACGGUUUCCAAGUGGCAGCUCAAGGGAAAGAGAAACAUGCGCAAUCUUCCAAGAAGGUCUGCACGUAACGGAAGAUAUUCUGAAUAUAAGAGAAGGGCAUUUGGUCAAAAGCAUAUGGGCUAUGGAUUAGAUUCUAGUGGGACAAAUGAUAUGAGCGAUGGAACUGAUGACACUGAUCCCAACGAGAGACAGUUCCGGGACAGAAUGACUGGACCAGGUGAUGAUGAGUAUCGGCUCUCAACUAUGGUUGCAUCCGGAUUCAAGAACAUCUACAGCCAUGACAUGCUGGACUGGGAUGAUGAUCCUUGGGAAGGCCAGAUUGGUAAGAAGAAGCGAUGGGAGGAAAGACUCGAAGGUUCAGGUCAGGAGUUCCAUGCGUCUUCUCAUCGACAUUCUAGAAGAAAUAUGUAUUCUCCGUUGAUGGAUGUGGAACUAGAAGUACGAGGAAGCUAUCAGAAAGGGCCUGUCCCAAUUGUCUCCCUGAUGAGUAAGUUAAACAGCAGAGCGAUAAUUGGACAUCCAGUUGAAGUUGAAGUCUUGGCAGAUGGUUCCUCUGAGUACUUCGGCAAUGAAACAACAUACCAUGACAAACCCUUUCUACUUCCCCAUGCUUGGAAGACCGCAAGAAGGAGUAGCUCACGCGUUCCACGGCUGCAACCAUUAUCACCAUCUCUUGAAGCCGAUGCUGAUGUUCAUUCUCCGUCAGGUCAGGGAAGAAAACCGUUUUUUAAGAAACUUGGUUCGGGAAACUUAAGUACUGAUGAUAACUCGUUGAGGAGAAGCAAUCUAAUGCACAUUCCACGACCACCUGGUGAGAGAAAGCAGCAGCAAAAGAAGGUGAUGAAGAACACAAACGCAAGCCCUAGUCAAAAGACCAGGGCACUGUCAUCAUUCGGCAGUGAACAAGCACACAGCGGGAUAAAGACCUUCGGUGAUGGGACUCACGAGCUAUCUAACAGACGGGUACUACAGGGACCACCAACCGUGGCUUGCAUACCGGUCAAACUAGUAUUUAGCAGAUUACUGGAGAAAAUAAACAGACCACCAUCAAAGCCGCUGUGAAAGCUUAGAAGAGAUCAUCGAUAAGAGCUCUGUACUCAAAGCCUAAACGAGAUUUACAGGUACAAAACAUAUAACCAUGUCUUGUGUCUGGUUUUCGUAGAAUGGGAGUCACGUUUAGGGCAUCGAAAUUCUGGGGGUGAUGGGUCUUUUUGAGUAACCAUCAGGCUUUCAUUAUGUACUCUGAGGGAAAGUUAGUCGUAGGGAGAGCAAUUUACGUAGAGAAACUCUGGUUACUUACUGGUACAGAUCAGGUGAAGAGUUAGAACAAUGAUACCACUGGUUCGUUUUGUAUAUUAAUCACUCUCUUGAGUAAGCUUUGUUUCUCUGAUCUAGUUCCAGCUUUAGAUUUCUUAGUGUUAAAA